CAUUGUCUUUAUAGCUCGCUGGAUUGGUCUGUGGGUUUAUAAUCAAAUUGCACACAGGUUUACAUGAUCAAGGAUUUUUACAACAGCUUCAUACUGUUGGAUUGCUUGUGCAAUAUGAAGGACUCCUUAGUACGUAUAGUGAAGAAGCCGGGAUGCUAGAAGACAUGGCUGUGGGAAUUUCAGAUUUGCAGAAAGUAAUGUUUAAAGUCAUUGAAGCCAAAUCAGAAGAUUUUUUGCCUAUUAUAACUGGAAGGCGUGAACAUUAUGUUAUAGAGGUCCAGCUUCCAGCAAAGAUGUUUGAGUUGCUGCCACAAGAGAUUAAAGAAGGAAAGCUACUUCGCAUGUAUCCAGUACUCUUUAAUGUUGGAAUCAAUGAACAGCAAACACUUGCAGAGAGGUUUGGAGAUACCACUUUGCAGGAAAACAUUAACCAGGAAAACUUAGAACUUCUAAAAGAAUAUUACAAGCUGUUUACGGAAAAAAUGCCUCCUGAUUGUCUACCACAUUUUCAAGAACAAAAUGAUCUAAAGGGAUUGCUAGAAAAUCUCCAUCAAAAUAUCCAGGCCAAAAAGAGAAAGAAUGUAGAAAUCAUGUGGCUAGCUGCGACGAUUUGCCGCAAGCUGAACGGAGUCCGUUUCACCUGUUGCAAAAGUGCCAAAGACCGGACAUCCAUGUCAGUGACAUUGGAGCAGUGCUCCAUCUUGAGGGAUGAGCAUCAGCUUCACAAAGACUUCUUCAUUCGGGCGCUGGAUUGCAUGAGAAGGUAUGUGGAAAUUUUUGCAUGUCCCUUGCGUUUGGAGCUAAGCCAGGCACUGCGGUACAGAGUGGUCUAA